CCACGAAUGGCCAUAUCAGUCGAGCUGUUCGCCUUCUAUCGCUCUUUUUUUGAGCAUUCUUGUGACGCCGUCAACGCACUUGCAUCCACACUCAAUACUCACUACAUCCGACGAGGAUACCGAAUAACAAAUGCAAAGGUAUGUGGCCGACUUCGCAUGCUUGUUCAGCUACUCACAUGA